UUUACGUAGUAGGAAGGUACCUAUAAAUACCUGGUUUUUAUACUUAUUCUGAAAGUUUAAACUUGAUUUCAGUGUUGUACUUCACAAAUUCAAAUAUGAAAUUUAUUUUGUUAUUGUUUUUGGUUGCCGCUGUAAGUGCCAGAUUGCCAUCUAGAGAAGACCUGGACUUAUUAGCAUCUCGACACCACAGUCAGGUCAUAUUACCACCUCUAGGCAGCCUGGCUAGAUUGGCAUCUCCAGAAAACCUGGACAGAAUACCAUCUGGAAACAGCGGGGCCAGGUUGUCAGAUUGGCCGAAGAUACCAUUCACAGUGAUGGAUUGUUAUUCACCCGUCGAAAAAGACUGCAAACCUGCAGGUUUAGAUGGCUAUCUCGUUUGGACAUGGGACGUAACGGAGAAUCGUUGUGCAAGAGCAGUUGCUCAGGGUGGUUGUACUCCCACCAAAAAUAACUUUGGAAGCUUCCAACAGUGUUGGCAUAUCGCAAGACCAGUAUGUCAUAACCGAAGCCCCACUGGACUUAAACAUAACUUCUAAAAUUAUAAUAUAUUUUUUUGUCUACAUUACGGAAAUUUUUCUAAAAUACAAACUAAUCAAAUUA